CUUAUCCCUCCCUCUCUGACUGUCUCUCCCUCUCUGUCCCUCCCUCUCUGUCCCUCCCUCUCUGACUGUCCCUUCCGACCCUCCCAUCCACGCGUGUCGGGCCGCCAAACCAUGGUCUGUGUCUCCCGCAUCGUACCACUGGCAGAACGUCUGGAGCUUCACGGUGGCUGAGCGAGCCAUCCCCGAUUUGACUUUCCCAUUAUCCGGUUGCCAUCUACAUCUUUCCACCAACUCCCUUCCAUUUCCCCUCCUCCCACCAACCGGCUCUCUGCCUGCCAUGUCCGCGUCCACCAAAUCAUCGCUGGACGGCGACAAGCCCAUCCACCGCUCCACCACCACCACCCCAACGGGCAAGCCCCGGUCCCGGAGAAAAUCCAUCCAAUUCAACAUCGGCGCCCCCGAUCCCCAACUGCAGCAACUGCAGCUGCCCAGUCGAUCCGCCAGCGCUGCAGGCCGCAGGCGUUCGCCCUCCCACGUCUCCUUCACCCACGAGAAAGACCCCAAGGCGCCCGUCUCGCGCGGACCCUCGCCGCCUCCCCCGCAGACCUACGAACGAGGCGUCUCCUUUGACACGUUCGAUAACCCCGAUGCAGCGGACUUUUCCCUCACCCUGAACUACAAACACAAAGGCUACCAGAGCACCCGUCGCAGUCGCACCUUCCUCUGCGGCACUGACCAGAACGAUUACUCGGAUUUCGCGCUGGAAUGGCUGAUCGACGAGCUGGUCGAUGACGGCGAUGAGAUCGUCUGUCUCCGCGCCGUGGAGAAGGACUCCAGCAUCGCCAGUGAUGCCGCGGUCGAGGCGGGCAAAUACCGCAAGGAGGCCGAGAAGCUGUUCGAGCAGGUCAUCCAGAAGAACAGCCAGAAUGAGAAGGCCAUCAGUCUGGUGCUGGAGCUGGCCGUCGGCAAGAUCCAGGACAUCAUCCAGCGCAUGAUCCGGAUCUACGAGCCCGCCGUGCUCAUUGUGGGCACUCGGGGCCGCAACCUGGGCGGCGUGCAAGGCCUGCUGCCGGGCUCUGUUUCCAAGUACUGCCUGCAGCAGUCGCCGAUUCCGGUCAUCGUGGUCCGCCCGACCACCAAGCGGGAGAAGCGCAAGAAGAAGCGUCUGGCGGACCCCACCCGACGCAACUACAACCAUAUCCUGGAGAUGAGCGAGCGACGAGGGAACAACAUCUUCGACCGCAGUUCCAGCCGCGACAGCAGCGUAUCGAAGUUGCCGGACGAGGAGGCCGCCGUGGCAGCCGCGCUCGGCCUGCCCCAAUCCUACCAGAACUCCCGCAGUUCCCUAUCGACGUCGGAGCGGAGCAGUGUCAGCCACGAUGAAUCGCCUUCGCCGACCAGCUCACCUGACGCCGUCUCGCGCAGCCCCCUCGUGGGGAGCGUGGAAAACUCCGAGAUUGACACCGGGUCAGACGACGAACCCACCGUGAUGCACGUGGAAGACCACAAAGACAGUCCGUCGCCGCCAACCGAGCCCAGCAACGGUCCGUCCGUCGAGACCCUCCCCACAGACAACCUGUCCGAAUCCACCGAGACGCCUCCGUCGUCCGGCGUGCCGAUCCCGCUGAUCGUGACUGAGGAGAGUUCUCCAACUGGUUCGGAGAAGUGAGGAUCUACCGUCUGACCCGGAUUCACCACACCACACCACAUCAUGCACCUACGGGUAUCUAUCCAUCAAUAUCCACACCACCACAUCAGAGGAUGCAGCAUGGCCUGCCCUCUGCAGAUAUCAGCAACCCCUACAACCACUCCUGAUUAUGAGAGGAUCUACCACCAUGCAAGUAAUGCUAUCAGACAUACAUGCAUAACCCCACGACAGCAAACUCAGCUCAGCUCAGCUCAGCAGUGCGAUGCUGCGGAGCAAUCAUGAACCACGAACAGCGAAUCAAUCUCCUUUCUUACAUCACAUCACAUUGUAUCCUCUGUUCCGGCUCGCGAUAGAUCACACUGAUGCAUUGCAUCGAUGCAUUCAUAGAUUUCUCCUGGUAGAACAAUACACAUAACUGUGAUUAGCUGUGAAGAUGCAUAGUAUAGUAGAG